AAGUGUAAGGUCUGUGACGGAAUAACCUUGCUCGGUUGCUCCCAUUACCUAUAAAGAAGUCCAGAUGUUAUGUGUUUCAACUCUUCAAAUAGUCCAUUGUUAAUCGAAUUUCUUUCUUAAUUAUAAAAAUGGAAUCUCCUUUAAAAAAAACAAGUGUUCAAUCUGUAUUACCGAAGAAAAAACGAAACGACAAAGCCAAAGAAGAAAAGAAAACAGAAGAAAAUAUUCUAACCUACGAUGUUUUACGAAUAAUUUUUGAAUAUCUAUCUGCUAAGGAUUUAACUUACGCAGCUCAUUUGUGCAGGAUAUGGAGAGAUGCUGCGAAUAAAGAACUAGCUACUAGACGAACUCCAGAAUGUCACUUGGGAAAUUGUGAAUUUCGGAUAACACAGACAGAAAAUGAAAAUUCGUAUCAAAGGCUAUUAUGCAAUAAAUUAAGAAUUAAACCUGCCUUUGCAUUUAUAUGUGCUAAAAUGGAAAAAGACAGAGAAUGGACUCCGAAUGGUUGUUUUUGUGCAGCUCUUCCAAAAAGUUGUAUCACCAUUCAAAUGGGAGGCUAUCAAGUUAUCGAGAAUGAUUCAAAUAUUCCAGAAUCCAGAUACGGAGUUACUGUAUCUGCUUUUUUUCCUCAAAUACCUGGCUUGAGUCUUGAAACAUAUCAAUUACAUUUUAAUUCUUUUAAAGAAUCUACUGAUGAGGAUAUACAUUCUCAUGCUAACAAAAUAGUAAAGCAAUUGUUACCUCCAGAUGAUGGAAGUGAAAAUAAAAGAUGCAUUAUCUUGUUAGCGAAUGAACAUGGUUACAAGUUCAAUAGAUUAGUAUUGAAAGGAAUACAAAAAAAGUAUAAACCAGGCACUAUUUCUCUUUGGGGUGGAAUAUGUGUCGAUCUGAGGCAAUGCCAUGAUUUCAAAGAUGAAUUUCCAACAUGUUCUCGACAGAUUUACUGGACAAGCAUGUCCAUAACAAGUCCCUCAUUGGAAUCAUAUUCUUUAGUCAUACCUCAGUCAUGUCGACAAGAGCUCCAAAUGAUAGAAAAGCUUGAAAAACUGAGAAAAAAUAUUAAACUGAAGAAAUUGAGCCUGGGAUUUAUGUUUGCCUGUAUUGAAAGAGUGAAAAGAAAGGAUCUUGAAAUCAAAGUAUUCAAGAAAGUCUUUCCUGAAGUUCCUUUGUUUGGUCUACAUGGGGAUGGGGAGUGCGGACUUGACACUUUGAGCACCAAGCGAGAUAGUGAGCUGCAUCACUCCUAUUCAACAAUAUUUUUAAUUCUAACAUAUUCAUAAAAGCCAGACCUGCAGUGCAACGUUGGCGAAAAACGGCAGCAGGAGCUAUGCUGAAUUAUAAUUUCCGUGAUACAAUGUGAUACGUGAGCCAGGAAGGCGAGCGACGACUUCGAGGAUUGACCUGCUCGUAUUUAGCAUAGCCCACAAAUAUCGCUGUGAAUGUAAAUGAGGCGAGGGGCGAUUUCGACGGAGGGCAAAAUAACGUGAUGCGAUUCCCGGCUUGUCUAUCGACACCGGAACAAUUUCGUCCCUAUCUAAUUGCAAAGACACGCGGGGACGGGUAGGUAAAGGCGAGGAAACGGCUGGUUAAUUACGCGAACAAACCCGUGUCAGCAUGCAUGUAUAAUGACUUCUCGACCGUACGCCGUUUGACAGCGCUUUCGCGUAUUUUCAGAUAGCGACAACCUUUUUGAUAAAGCACUGGAGGAAAGAACUGGGUCAGCAAGUGCUGGUUAAAGAUUGCGCUGGGAGCAGCGCCUGCGUUUAUAAGGAGUCCCGAUGGACUUUGAUAAUGCAGUCGUCGGCAAGGGGUUGUUGUUAUUGGCUGAGUCGUUUGGGUGCGCGCAGUGGGUCUUCUGCUUUGGAAAUUCCAGUUGAAGUUGUGACGAGUGAUAGGUUGAUUCUUUGAAUCAUUUCUUUCUGUUCUACAUGUUUAGUCAUAGAACCAAUUUGCUGUUAGCUUUUAUAACACUGCACGAUUAUAAUUGAUAUUGUAUGCAAUCGAUCACAUUAACUUUCAUAAAGUUAGUUCGAAAUCGCAAUUAUAGAUGUACAUUUACAGCUCUAACACCGGGUGCUACUUUAUAAGUUUAAUAAUUUAUAGCUCAGUAUUAAGUAUAGAUUUUUACUUAUCAGUUUUAGAGGCUAAAUAUAUUUUCUUAUAUUUAUAAUUAUUGGAUUCUACACAUUGUGUAUCAUCUUGUAGAUACAGCUCAUAUUCUAGUCAAAGCAAAUAUCCUACCACUUUUUACAACUUCUCUUAAUUUUGGAAUUUCCCAAAUAGACGUACCCCCGGUAUAGAAAAAAUCGCGCAUCAUGUUGGGGCUGCUGAUUGAGAUGCUGGUGCGGUUGUUGUGGCUCUCGUGGUUCGUGGAGCCGAGUAUGGCCUGGGAGAGUGGCUUGAAAGAAAAAUACGACGGUUACGGUGAGGACUGGAUCUUCAUGCCGGACGGCAAGGGUCAGCCGCAGGUGGCCGUGAUCAAAGGCCAGGAUCCCGAUCAUAGCCGCGGCGUACUCGACGAGCCCAUAGGUUUUAUUUUGUAUACACGGUACGGCAUAAGACACGGAAAUUAUAUUCGAAGCUCACAAUUGACUAUUAUUUUUAGAUGUAAGAAUAUAUGAUUGACGUAAAUUGAGAUGUAAGAAUAUAUUAUGAUUGAUGUAAAUGUAUAAUUGACGUUGGAUUUAUCUUUCAAUGGUUCCGGGUUAUUUAGUGGUGUAGAUUAUUGAACGGUGUUUUAUUUUUUACGCCUAUAAUCAUGCUACAAGAAAGAUUUCAAUAAUUCUUAUGAAAUCGACACAGAACUUGAAUCGCGUAUUUUAUAAUUCGUUGGCGUGCAAAAUUCACUGACAUCAGUUAUAAGAAAAUUAUUGAGUGAGAAAUGCAAUGAUUUUGGUUUUUUACUUCGUAAACGGGUUUAAGAAUUUGAACAUAAUUAUUAUAUUUGAUAAGUAUUGUAAAAAUUAAGUAAAACAGCUUCAAUGAAUUUUAGUGACACUAAUUAUAACGUUCUAAGCCAUAAUUUAUCAUUGGUUAAGACUCAAAAUUGAUAGUUAUAUCGUUAUAAGGUUAAUAUAUCCAUUGAUGAUCAAUCACUGAUUUUCUGCAACGGCAUAGGGUAGCGAUUAUCGAACAAAGUGUUUUUUUUUAUACCUGCGAUCAUCUUAAUAAAAGAAAAUUUGAGAAAAAAA